CAGAUGCAUAGAGCAGGUUCACGAAGCCGCAAAUGAAAUGUGGUGGAAAUGGCUCACGCAAGGCAAUAACGCGUGGCGGACUCCGUAAAAUAGAUCAAUGUCACCCGCGGAGUUCCACUGCGGCCUUGUGAACGGCAGAAACAACCCAACGUCGAGCGUCAUCCUCCACGCCAUGACAGCGCUCAUGUACAGCACUUGCAAGGUGCGAGGAACGCCAAUCACUGUGCUUUGGUAGUCACGCGAAGUGUGUCAGGUUCACCGUAAGCUGUGGUUGUGAACUCGGCACCCGAAGGUCGGACUUGGAUAUUUGGAUUUUGUUGCACCGUUCUCGUUCCUGCUCGGAUUGCUCGGGAACCGUAGCUGUCCGUGGUCAUUGCCCUUGGCAUACAGCGGCGAGCAAGGCAGUGUCAUGGACCAGAUGAUUCGCCGGUUCAGCAAGUCGGACAAGUAUGCCGUGCGGGAUGGACAUCACCGUCAUGGAAGGAGAUCGACCAUCUUCACGCAGUCACACUUCAACUCGGAGUUCGACGAGAUUCCCAAGAUUAAGAACUCGCUCUGUGGUCGGUUGCAGAAUUUGGUGCGUUCCCACUGUGAUGCUCACAAGACGAAGAAAAGGCUUCGGGGACUGUUUCCCAUGUGCGGGUGGCUAAGACAGUACGACGUCAGAAAGUACCUCGUGGCAGAUCUGAUUGCGGGAAUAACUGUCACCAUCUUUCAUGUUCCACAGAGUUUCGGGUACGCAAUGCUGGCCGGAGUGCCAGCUGUGAACGGCCUGUACACUGCCAUGUUUCCGAUGAUUAUGUACGCCGUAUUCGGCACGUCCAGACAGAAUUCCGUAGGAGCCCUCGCUGUCAUCUGCAUGAUGACUGGCAGACGUGUGAUGGAUCUUCAGGAUCGGUAUAGCGCUGUAGAUGUGGCUACUACGAUGGCGUUUUUCGUUGGUAUUUUUCAGCUGCUGUUUGGUAUUGUUAACCUGGGCAGCUUGAGCGUGUUCCUAUCCGAUCAGUUCGUCAGCGGGUUUACAGCAGGAGUAUCUGUACAUAUUGGUUCAAGUCAGUUGGGAAACCUCUUCGGCAUCAAUGUCGGAAAAUCGCCCGGACUGUUUCCUCUCGUGCAGCUUUACAUCAAUUUCUUCCGUCAAAUUACGGAAACGCAUUGGCCGACUCUGGCAUUGUCAGGAUGCACUGUGGCCCUGAUGCUCAUAGUGAAGAUCUUCAUCGAUCCUCACGUGGAAAAGCGGAUUAAAGUUCCCGUCCCCAUUGAGAUGGUGGUGGUCAUUGUAGGAACAUUGGUAUCGAGAUUCAUGCAGCUCGAAGAUCAUGGAUUUGCUGUCGUUCAGCGCAUUCCCAAAGAGAUCGCACCGCCACAUCCACCGCAAAUGUCAUUGGACCUCAUUUCCGAAGUGGCAGGUUCUGCAUUCGGGAUAGCCAUAGUCAGCUUCGCCAUCACCGUGUCUCUUGGACGGAUCUUCGCGAGGCGUCAUCGCUAUGAAAUAGAACCGAACCAGGAAUUCAUUGCUUUGGGUAUGUCCAAUCUGUUCGGGUCAUUCUUUGGCUGCAUACCCGUUGGAGCGUCAGUUCCCAGAAGUUCGAUUCAAGACAACGUUGGAGGGCGAACUCAGCUUGUGAGCCUCAUCAACUCGGCCCUAAUUACAGUGGUCAUCCUGAGUGUUGGAAGCUACCUGGAAAAGAUACCUAUCGCAGUGCUGUCGGCUAUCAUCUUCGUUUCGCUGAAGAAGAUAUUCAUGCAAGUGAGGGACUUGAAGAACUUCUGGAAUAUAUCGAAAAUCGAUGGCCACGUCUGGCUGGUGACCUUCUUUGCCACCGUCAUCUUUGGAGUGAAAAUAGGCCUCAUAGUAGGAGUUGUAUUUUCCCUGCUUACGUUGGUAUUUAAAAUACAAAGACCGAAGACCUGCAUCCUCGGUUAUAUCCCAAACACGGAUUACUUCGUUCCCACGAAGAAAUAUGGCAUGGCAAAGCAGAUCGAGGGCAUCAAAGUCUUUCACUUCGGAGGACCUCUUCAUUUUGCCAAUGCAGAAUUUUUCAAAAAUGAGUUGUGUCGUCGAACGUCUGUAUAUGUCAGCAAAAUUCUGGCAACACGACAGAAACAGGAAACGACAGAAGCAGAGAGCUCAAUAGACAACGCAACGACAUCAGACGUACCUUCAAGACCACGUACCCUGGAGGUCAUCAGCGAAAGCAUGCCCUCUGACUUGCACGGCUCGACCAACUCCUUGGGCGUCACCAAAGUCAGCACAAUAGAUGUGGAAGAAACCACGAAGCACAUCAUUCUCGAUUUCUCCAGGGUCAGUUUUGUGGAUGGCACAAGCACACUUGUUCUCAAGCUAGUUGCCAGGGACUUUCAGAGCAUAGGAAUAACAUUAUACGUGGCUUGCUGCUCACAACCGGUGAUGUCUAUGCUGCAAAAGGGGGAAGUGCUACAAGAGAUCCCUCCAACGAACUUCUUCCCUUCUAUCGGGGAUGCUGUGAAGAGCGUUACAAAGCACAGACCUCCCAAAGAGAAGGAGAAGAUAGCUAUCCCAACUUGAGAAGCCACUUCAGAAGUGUCGAAAAUAACCAAGAAAGUUGCAAACAAUGUUCAUGGUCAUGUGUCUGCUGGAAGUCUCUGCAUUCGACACACUAUCUGUCAUUGUCACAUCAUCAUGGACACUCCAUUCCUGAUAUCUACAACUGUACUGGAAUUCGGUACGUUGUGGUCAUCCGUCUGUUGCUAGAACAAUAUCGUGCUGGCAUUUGGAAAUUCAUCGUGCGUCACUGUAAAUACUGAGUCGUCCAUAAUUUCGUCGUACACUGUUGUCUCUCUCCCCCUCUCUCGUCACUGUGAUUCAGUUUGCGUUUCGAUCAAGCUUGAUCAGUUGAGGCUGGAAUGUCCAGUGACUGUUUCAUGGACCUAGCGAUCUUAUAAUCCCACAGGAAGUACCGGUGACCGUACGUCGGAUUUAACGUAGCGCCAAAUAAUGCGAAUAUUUUGUGAAUAAAUGAUUUUUUGAUGUUG